ACAUAGAACGACGAUGGACUCGAAGAUAAUGGGCGUCAAGAUGGAGGACCAGAAGUCUCCGCAGGUGGCCCCUUCCAACGCGAAAUGGAACACCAAGAACCUGAUUCCACGGCUGGCUACGGAUGCUACUGCUGCGUUCGCAUCUGCUGUCACAGUUGCACCUCUCAUUACAAUCAUUGACAAGUACGUAGAAACAGCAUCCUCGGGGUGUAACCUCCAGCUGCCUAACUUCAAAGGCUACGAAGCUACCUUACCUGCCAUUACCUUCAAGCAUCAGCGAAGGCUGUCUUACUAAAUCCUAUCUGAGCCUGACCCAGGCCACCGUCACCCCUUCCUCGUUGACCGAUUGAAAGACUUUCACUGACUCAUUCCCCCACAGAGCCAUUAUGGAAAAUGCAUCAGGCCGUGCCCCGAUAAAAGAUUCCCUCAGGGCAUCCUUCUGCUCCUUGAUCCUAUCCCCGAAAUCGAUGUUCUUCUCGAAACCCUUCGGUUUAAUAUGCAUGCUCUACGGCGGCACCUACCUGACAGCAAACACCCUCGACACCAUCACAUCCACCGUGACCGCUAAAGAUGCGACGCUCGUGACGUCUGGCCCCUUAAAAUUUGCCGCCUCUUCCACUGCCAACAUUGGCCUCUGCCUCAUCAAAGACCGCAAGUUCGCACAGCUCUUUGGCCCGAGUGGACCUCCCCGCCCGGUCCCGAUGCCCACCAUGAUACUCUUCGCCAUGCGUGACUGCAUGACCAUCUUCGCGUCGUUCAACAUCCCGCCCCUAAUAGGCCCGUCAAUGUCGCGACACAUGGGCGAGCUAGAAGAGACAAUUAGCGCACAGACAAUCGCGCAGUUUGCGGCGCCCGCGGCGAUCCAGCUGGCCAGCACGCCGAUGCAUCUGCUCGGCCUGGACCUAUAUAACAGGCCGCAUGGCGAGGGGUGGAGGAGUAGGGCUUCGAUCAUCUGGAAGAAUUGGGGAAUCAGUGCUGCGGCGCGAGUGUGCCGGAUUGUGCCGGCGUUUGGCGUUGGCGGAGUGAUCAAUAAGAACGUGCGGAGUAAGGGAAUGGCGAUGUGGACGUGAUAGAAAGGGGCUCAUUGGCUACUUGACUUGUGAUGUUUGGCGAGGCGUUGAGGGCGUUUGGGACUGCUUCGGCAGAGUGUUAAUGAGCGGUCUGGUGCAGCAUGGGCAUAGAUGGAGUUCACAUAGAGCAUAGCGUAUAGCGUACUCAUGCUAUACAGCGUUGUAGAGGCUGGUUUAACAUGAAAGAGGGACCAUUAGAUAGGGUCUCCUACAGGAUCCGGGGACAACGAAUGAGACGGAAACAG